UCCGUUUCUGAUACAACGGUUCUUAUCCUAAUAACAUCAGUGUUGAAAAUACUUGGGCUGAAGAGGGAAAGCGAAUAAAACCUUAUGUUUUAGUAUUUAACCUAUAAUAUUGGCAUAAAGAAUUCCCUAUUGGGGAACUUUAUUAAGACAUAUACGAGAAAGGGUUUUAGUCAUAGACGUAUCCAAUUUUAUAUGAGCAGAGAAGAUGAAAGAGCUAUCAAAUACAUUCGAUUAUUACAUAUUACCGAACAAAAUCCUUUGUAGUAUAGUUGGAAUGUGGCCCAUCGAACAGAAAAGUUCGACGUGUAGCAAAAUAUUUUCAUAUGUCCGUUUAACAUUCACACUAAUAUCGCUCAUUAGUGUUUUUGUGCCCGAAAUUAUGUUGAUAGCAGUGAAUUGGGGGGACAUAGAGAUCCUAGCAGGGGCAGGAAGCAUUGUAACCACGCUCGGACAAACGUUGUUCAAAAUGUUUUACCUAAUAGCAAGAAGAGAAAGAUCGUAUAUGCUUUACCAUGAAAUAAAAAGUUUGUGGGAUACUGCCAACGAUUCGAAAGAAAUACAAUCUUACAUACAGUUCGCUUAUUGGGCACGUAUUUGUACGAUAGUUUUUUAUUCAUCCUGCGUGUGUAAUGUGAUCACUUUUUCCAGCGCUGCAGCUGUUGAUUAUUUUAGAUUUGACUACAACGCCAGUAGUACAAGUAACAAUCGACAUUUACCUUUUAUCGUCUGGUACGGCACAGACAUUUCAGCAUCUCCCAAGUUCGAAAUCGCUUUCAUCUGUCAAUUUUUAUCAGCCGCGUUAUCUAUCACUUCAAUCGCUGGUUUGGAUUGCUCAUUUAUGACCACGAUGUUACAUGUGUCUGCUCAAUUUAAAUUAAUCAAUACCUGGAUCAGUAAUAUAGGAACUGAAAUAAAUUGCAAUCCAAAUUACAAGCAAAAGAUAAAGGUAGAUCUAACGAGAUGCAUUCGCCAUCAUCAACGAAUAAUACAUGUGGUGAAUGAGGUGAAUAAUUUAUUAACACCCAUCGUUUUCCUGCAAAUUCUUACUAGCGGAAUAGAAGUUUGUUUAAGUGGGUAUGCAAUUCUUGAUGCCGGGAAAGCAGAAGCCGAUCUAGUGAAAUUUAUAUCUUAUUUCAUUUCCAUGGCGGUACACCUGUUAUUAUGGUGUUGGCCUGGUGAAAUCCUCAUUCAAGAAAGUCAAGAAAUAGGUCAUGCAGCUUAUUUCAAUGUACCGUGGUACGAUUUACCGCCAAUUUAUCAGCGACACCUUUGCCUUAUGAUUGUUAGGGCGCAACAAUAUUCCAGUAUUUCAGCAUUUACUUUCCAAACGUUGUCUAUCCAUACAUUAACGGCCGUAUUCAACACAGCUGCAUCGUAUUUUACCUUAUUACAACAGAUACAACAAACGUAAACUUCAAAGAGACGAGGAAGGCAAACUAUAGUUUCGCUCGUAUUAAAAACAAUUCCUAUCGAAAAUAGUCGGAUGUACAUCCAUAAACGUAUAGCAUCUUCAUACAAUUAUCCUGUAGUUAAUUAAAAGAGUAAAUGUUCACUCCUUAUCCUACCUA